GGGAGGGAGGGAGAGGGAAGGAGAGAGAGAGAGAGAGAGAGAGAGCGCCCUGGAGUUGGAGUGAUUGCUGACACACAGUAUGAGUAUCGAAACCCUUCUGGAGGCGGCGAGGUUCCUGGAGUGGCAGGCUCAACAACAGAAAACACGUGAGGAAAAUGAGAAGAGGGAGAAGCUGCUUUUGGAGAGAGAACCCGACCGGAGGAAAACGGAAUCCGAGAGACCGAACAACGUCUUCUACGUAGAAGAAGUCAAACCCGAACUCCGAGCUGUGCCGGCACCUCCUCCGCCUCCCCCUCCCCCUCCCGCACCCGCGAUGGUGGUGGUCUCCCACAUGGUCGCCCCUCACCUGGCACCCGCUCCUCUGCUGCCCCAGAUCGGCCCAUGCCGUCAUCAGACAGUACCAAGCCCCAGCAACAGCACCAAGGAGAUCCCCCACUGUCCCACCGUGCUCCAGAGGUCACCAGUCUCCACUCUGGUUGUCCCCAAGACUGGCCAGGCUCCGUUAAGCAGCUCGUCCCAGCACUUCCCCACAUCGGUGCUGACGAUCCCAUCGCAACACGUCAUCCAGCAGCAGCCAACGCAAUCACAACAGACCGGUAGCUUUAAGCCAUCACCCACGGACGAUGGAAAGUCACAGGAUCAAAAGAGAAGGCCUGGAGGGUGUGUGUCAACUCUACUCACUAUUAUACACUCGGAGCUUAACCACCGAGCUGGUACGCGAGAAGUGCACAAUAAACUGGAGAAGAACAGGCGUGCGCAUUUAAAAGAAUGUUUUGAAACGUUGAAAAAGAACAUCCCCAAUCUGGAUGAUAAGAAAACAUCAAACCUAAGUGUUUUACGGAGUGCCUUGAGAUACAUCCAGACCUUGAAGAGGAAAGAGAAGGAGUACGAGCACGAAAUGGAACGCCUGGCGAGGGAGAAGAUCGCCACCCAGCAGCGACUGGCGGAUCUGAAGAACGAGAUGAGCCAGUGGAUGGAUAUCUUGGAGGUGGAUCGCAUCCUGCGGCAAACAGUCCAGCCGGAGGACGACCAGGCGUCCACCUCCACCGCGUCCGAGGGCGAGGACAACAUCGAGGAUGACAUGGAAGACAUGCGGCCGAUGAACUCUUUGGCAAAGGCGCCUCACCGCUCGCACCAGGACGUGCUGAAGGCCGUGUCGUGCGCCAUCGCCCAUCAGCCGCCGCCGCGCUUGUCCAUCCAGCAGAAGCCGCCCCCGAGCCAGGGGCCGACGCACAUCCAACCCCACGCGUUGGUGCCCCCUCAGACGGCAGUCCCGUCCCAGACUCACCUCGUGACUGCGGCCCCCAUGCAGCCCACGGUCAUUGCUCAUGCGGCCCCCGCCUCCCACGCCUCGGUCAUCCACACGGCCGUCAACCACGUGAUCCAGGCCUCCCAGGCCAAGCACGUGGCCCACAUCGCACCUUCCACCUCCUGCUCCGCGCAACCUAUCAGCCACAUCACUGUGCACCCAGCCACCUUAAGCCACAUGGCUCACCUCGGGCAGUCGCUGCCCGCCAUCUACCAGCAGCCCAUGACGGUGAGCCAGCCGGUGGUCAGUCACCUGGCCCACAGCAUCGCCCACCACCAGCAGGUCAACGGCACCAGCCCCGCGAUCAACCCGCAGGCCGUCCUGACAAAGCAAGCCCUAGGGCCUCAGCUGGUCCACCAGCAGAUCGUGGGCUCCACCGUGCUAAACCCUGUCACCAUGGUGACCGUGCCAUCGUUUCCCGUCGGCACCCUCAAGCUAACCUGAGGCCUGAGCCAGACAGACCGGACACGGCCCCCGGAGAUCAGGCAGAACAUUGUCACCGAGACCCGCUUUCCCUUGAAUCCCCGACACAUUCCUGGUCCGCAACGCGAGGCUCCUGCCAAGGGGACAGAGUGCGAGACAGAGAGAGAGAGAGAGAGAAA